AUGUCAGAGCGAAAGGUCCUCCAGAAGUACUACCCGCCUGACUUCAACCCCAAUGAUAUCACCCGAAGGAGGGGACCGAAGGCUUCAGGGCCCCGAGUGCAGACAGUUCGUCUUAUGGCACCCUGGUCAAUGAAAUGCACUACCUGUGGCGAGUACAUCUACAAAGGAAGGAAGUUCAACAGUAGAAAAGAAACUCCCGUCGACGAAAAGUACCUUGGAAUUCAAGUGUUUUUUUUCUCCAUUCGAUGUACUCGAUGCAGCGCUGAAAUCAGGUUCCGAACUGACCCGAAAAACAACGAUUAUGCCAUAGUGUCGGGGGCGGUCCGAAGCAUGGAACCAUGGCGCAACCGCGCUGCGGAGGAGGAAACUGACGAAGAAAGGCUUAAUCGGCUGGAGCGCGAGGAGGCAGAGGCCGCAGGCGAGGAGGAGAAGGAUGCCAUGGCGGAUCUGGAGGCCAAGAACGCGGACGCGCAGCGAGAGAUGGCGGCAGCAGACGCACUGGACGAGAUUCGACAACGAAACGCACGCAUCAACCGAUCAGAAAAAGAGGGUAUCGACUUUGCUGAUUCGAUCAUACGAAGCGAGGACGAGGAGCGGGAGCGACAGGAGAGGGAGGACGAUGAAGCGGCCAAGAGGGCAUUUGCUGCGGCGCGAGCGCAGCUGGACACAGUUACCGAAGACGGCCCCGCAGAACAGGCAGCAGAGAGUAGCGCAGGACCAUCACCAAGCGCGGGUGCGGUUGUGGUGGCAAACCCAGAACCAGAGGCAGCAGCUCCGUCGUUCAAGCGAGUCGUCAAGAAGAAGAAGAAUCAUUCGGCUCUGCUUGGAAUCAAGAAGAAGCCAUCGCUGGUUUAA